GCCAAUCAGGAACCAUUACAUGCACAAGUCCUACGCAUGAUUCUAUGGGUCGCACAAAUCUUUAGAACAUCGGACUUUCUAGUGCUGGAGGGGCGGGAGGAACGUGACAGCCGGUUAUGUAUUGGCGACAACGGGCACAUUCUGCAUCAGCAUGGGCGGCAUGGAGGGCAAGAACACGGCUGGCCUGCAGCCGGGACUCAACACCUUUUAUUACUUUGCCUACGGGAGCAACCUGCUGAAAGAGCGGAUCCUGCUGGACAACCCGUCUGCCUCCUUCUACUCCAUAGCAAUGCUGAAGGACUUCAAGCUGGCAUUUGGCAACCACGAAGGCAACCAGAAUUCGCGAUGGCAUGGAGGAGUGGCUACAGUAGUUGAAAGUGAGGGUGAUAAUGUUUGGGGAGUGGUAUGGAAAAUGGACGUUUCCAGCCUGGAUUCACUGGACAUCCAAGAGGGUGUGGCUGGAGGGAUAUAUGAGCCGAUAGAAAUUAUUGUUCAGACAGAAGAAGGAGAGCUUCUCUGCCGGUGCUAUAAAAUGAAUAAAUGUAUUUAUGGACUGACGUCUCCUCAAUACAAGCAGGUUAUGUGUAUGGGAGCAAAACAGAAUUAUUUACCUCUGGAAUAUCAGAAAAUGUUAGGAGAACUAGAAACCAAUAACUACUCAGGCCCUAUCGCAAUAAUGGACAAACUAAAAGAAGCAAUACAAAAAGUGCAAGAUGAUGGAUAGUUUCAGUUUGAUGUGCAAUUUCUGCUAUUUUUGAACUUGCCUUACAUCUUUUUUUGCUUAUAACCUUCAUGUGGCUGCUCUUAUUUUAAGAAUAUGUUAUGGAUCUAAAUAGAAAACUUUUAUUUAUAUUUUAUUUAGUCUCAAGUGUCAUGAAAUUUUCUAUUAUACUGUUUGUAUAAAUACUGUAUAG